GAGCCACACAAAAAAGGAUUUUCCAGCGCAGCGAAGAAGAGAGAGAGAGAGGUUGCGUAGAGACGUUCCCGGACUUGAAACCAGUUUUCGGUACCGGAAUUUAGGAACUCCGUUUAAAUCCGGAGUCUUCAAGAAAAAGGAUAAACCUUUCUCUGUUUCCUUCUUAUUCUAUUGCAAAAUUUACAGAGAGAGAGUGAAGUUCUUAAGAUUUGGGCAUUUGGGUUUUUGAUUUCUGGAGUUCAAUUUUGGAAUUCAGGUUGUUUGGAGUGUUGGGUGAGAGAAAGUUAGGGUUUUUAUAGAUCUCUGGUUGUUUGAAUUGGGAAAGGAUGUCCACGCCUCUGAAGGUGUGGCAGCGUUGGUCUACUCCAACGAAAGGGACGAACGCAGAUUCGAAUGGGAAGGUUUCGGGGAUGGUGAGUGAGAUCCAGUACGAUGAUGAUCCAAGAAGAUCGGGUGAUCGAGUUUCAGAGCUUGAAAAAGAGCUUUUUGAAUACCAACACAAUAUGGGUCUUCUUCUGCUGGAGAAAAAGGAGUGGAGUUCCAAAUUUGAAGAGCUUCAAGAUGAGUUUGAUGAGGCUAACCAGUGCCUUAAGCGUGAACGUAACGCACACAUGGUUGCUAUGGCAGAUGUUGAGAAGCGGGAAGAAGGGUUGAGGAAAGCUCUGGGGAUUGAGAAGCAAUGUGUAUCUGAUUUGGAGAAGGCUCUGCGAGAACUACGCUCUGAAAACGCAGAGAACAAAUUUACGGCUGACUCAAAGUUGAUGGAAGCAAAUGCAUUGGUUAGAAGCGUUGAAGAGAAAUCUCUCGAAGUUGAGGCCAAGCUGCGUGCUGUUGAUGCAAGACUUGCUGAAGUUAGCAGAAAGAGUUCGGAGGUAGAGAGAAGGUCCAAAGAUGUGGAAGCUCGAGAAAGUUCCCUUCAAAGGGAGCGGCUUUCCCACAUAACUGAACGAGAAGCAGAGGAGGCGAAUUUGACAAAGCAGAGGGAGGACUUGCGUGAAUGGGAGAGAAAGUUGCAAGAAGGAGAAGAAAGAGUUGCUAAGUCUCAGAUGAUUAUAAAGCAGAGAGAGGAUAGGGCAAAUGAAAGUGACAAGAUUAUCAAGCAAAAGGGAAAAGAACUUGAAGAGGCACAAAAGAAGAUUGAUGCUGCUAACUUCGCUUUGAAGAAAAAGGAAGAUGAUAUCAGCUCAAGGAUAAAAGCUGUUGCUUUAAGGGAGAAAGAAACUGAUGUGCUGAAGAAAUCCAUAGAGACAAAAGAGCGAGAGCUACUAGCUUUGCAAGAGAAACUGGACGCCAGAGAAAAGGUUGCAGUUCAGCAACUAGUUGAUGAACACAAAGCUAAACUGGAGGCAGCAGAGCGUGAGUUUGAAAUGGAAAUGGAGGAGAAAAGAAGAUCUGUUGAUGACAGCUUGAGGAGCAGGGUUGUUGAGGUGGAAAAGAGGGAGGCUGAGUGGAAGCACAUGGAAGAGAAAGUCGCUAAACGUGAACAGGCAUUAGAUAAGAAACUGGAGAAGCAUAAAGAAAAGGAAAAAGCUUUUGAAUUAAGACUGAAAGACAUAACUGGCAGAGAGAAAGCCUUGAAAAGCGAGGAGAAGGCAUUGGAGACUGAGAAGAGAAAACUAGCUGAGGAUAAAGAAAAUAUUCUCAGUCUUAUAGCUGAAGUCGAGAAGAUAAGGGCUGAAAACGAAGUACAUCUAUCAGAAAUUCGCAAGGAGAAGGAAGAGCUUAAAGUUACCGAGGAGGAGAGGUCUGAGUAUCUUCGUCUGCAAACCGAAUUAAAGGAGCAAAUAGAAAAGUGCAGGUCCCAACAGGAGCUGCUUUCGAAAGAGGUUGAUGAUCUGAAGGCCCAAAGGGAAUGUUUUGAGAAAGAAUGGGAAGAACUUGAUGAGAAGAAAGCUGAGAUUGAAGCCGAACUAAAGAAAUUAGCUGAUCAGAAAGAAAAACUAGAGAGAAACACACACUUGGAAGAAGAAAGACUGAGAAAUGAGAAGCAAGAGGCAAUUGACAACAUGAAAAGGGAGUUAGAAACUCUUGAAGUCGCAAAAGCUGCAUUUGCAGAUACUAUGGAGUAUGAGCGUUCAGUGAUCUCUAAGAAAGCUGAGAGCGAAAGAAGUCAACUGCUUCAUGAUGUUGAAAUGCUCAAAAGGAAACUCGAGUCUGAUAUGCAGAGUAAAUUGGAAGAAAGAGAAAGGGAGCUGCAAGCCAAGGAGAAGCUGUUUGAAGAAGAGAGGGAGAAGGAGUUGAGCAAUAUCAAUUACCUAAGAGACGUAGCAAGAAGAGAAAUGACGGAAGUGCAGAGCGAUAGACUGAGAAUAGAGAAAGAAAAGCUAGAAAUUGAUGCUAGUAAGAAACAUCUUGAAGAGCAGCAGACAGAAAUUCGGAAAGAUGUUGAUGACCUCGUUGCCUUAACCAAGAAACUCAAGGAACAGCGUGAACAGUUUAUUAGCGAGAGAAACCGUUUUCUUUCUUCCAUGGAAAGUAAUGGGAACUGCAACCCUUGUGGUGAACUGCUUUCAGCGCUUCCUGACAUUGACAAUCUUGAAAUGCCUGAUUUGUCAAAACUGGCAAACAUUAUUCAGGAAGAAGCACCGAAGCAGGAGAUGAGGGAUAUAUCACCAACUGCUACCAACUUAGCUUUGCCAGUUCAAGGUGGGACGGUGUCAUGGCUCAGGAAAUGUACUUCAAAGAUUCUUAAGUUGUCCCCAAUAAAAAUGGCAGACACUUCUGCUACUCUGAAUUUUGCUGACCAAGAACCUCAGUCUACUGAGCAAGUUAACGUCAACAGUGGACCAUCAACUAUGCUUCCGGCUCAAUCUGAAAGCGACACAAGAGAAGUCGAGGUCAGGAAUGAUAAUUCAGAUGGUGGUGAAAGCAACGUAGACAGCAAGGCUGAGGAAGUUGCUCUAAAUGCUGAUGGUCAAUCACGCUUGAGAGGGAAAGUGAGAAUCAGAAGGACACGCUCUGUCAAAGCUGUUGUGGAAGAUGCUAAAGCUAUCUAUGGAAAAUCUAUAGAAUUCAAUGAUGGCGAUGAUGUAAGCACGGGUGAGCCUGACAAAGGUGCUUCAAAGAACGGACGGAAACGUGGACGUGUGGGCUCUUUGAGAACUUGUACUACUGAGCAGGAUGGUAACGAGAGUGAUGGCAAAUCAGAUAGUGUCACCGGAGGAGAACGCCAGCGUGGGAAGAGACGGCAAAAAGUUGCAGCAGAACAACAAGAAGUGGUGGAACAAAGAUAUAAUCUCCGUCGAUCCAAAAGGGUGGCUGGAAAAACUGCAAUUGGUAAGAAGAAUGAAGAGGCUGAUGGAGUGCAACAACAAGAGGAUGGUAUUAACUGUGCUCAAACCACUGCAACAGCAUCAGUAGGUGUUGCUGUUAGCGAUAAUGCAGUAACUGCGAAUGUGGUGGAGCUUGAAGGCAUGGCAGACUCUGAGGAGACAGAUGCUGGUUCGCCCAAAAGAACAGGUGAGAGUGCAGCAGCUAGUGAAGAAGAUGUUGUGAACAGAACACCUGAAAGGGAUGGAAACGAUAGUGAGGAAGAUGAAUCGGAAACAGAACAUCCCGGGAAUGUGUCCAUUGGUAAGAAGUUGUGGACUUUCUUGACGACGUAGCCUCCAUCUUUGAUCAGGGUGUAGUUUGGUGGCCUAUGAUGUUGAUGAAGAACCAAUCUUCUUACAGAGUAUUAGUAUGUUUGCUUUUCACAUCUCUAGCUUAUCUUAGGAGACUUGUAUCUUUUCAUGGUGUCAACUUUGUGUGUGGAUUUCUUUCACGAGAUUUUAGUGUUUUCUUUGUAGCUUUCUACGACUUAGUUGCUAUCUGGUUAAGAGGAUAAAUUCUAAAUUCUUUUGGUCUUGUUUUAGAUGAUUAUUAUUUGAUUUUAUGAGAGUGGUCUCCUUGUAACCUAUCCAGUGUUUGCAUGAUUUGAUCUAUUUAUUUCGUCAUAAUCAUAUUUCU